GGAAUUACAAGAUCAGGCAACCGAGCCGUUGCGGGCUUUUUUUUUUUUUUAAUGAAAGUUGUCCCGACGGAAGACAUGCAUUGAGUUUCAGUUGCGGAAUAAGGCUGAAAAUGUUCUCUACAGAGCGCAGGCGAAUGAGCCUGCACGAGCUGAAGAGGAAAGAUCCGGUUUGGGUGUCUGCUGGAAGUUUGUGGCAGGACUCUCUGGCGAUAGAGCUGAGCGCCAGCAGCUCAUGUAAACAGGUCGUUUCUCCUCGGAGUCGGACCCGGGCAAUAUCCGUAGCAUAUAUUGUGAACGAGGACGCGUCAAUGCCGCAGACUGAGGAGAACUUGUCCCUGAAAUGUCUGAAGGAAGCUUGCGCGGACGUACAUGCCGUGUUCAAAACCAUUUCAUUUGAGAGAAUAUCACUCGGGACCACUGACAUCUUGGAUAGUUUCUACAAUGCAGAUGUAGCAGUGGUUGAGAUGAGUGACACUUUCUGCCAGCCUUCCCUCUUUUAUCACCUCGGAGUGAGAGAAAGUUUCAGCAUGACCAAUAACGUAAUUCUGUACUGUUACAAGCAAGAUACGAGUGAUCUACAGGCAGUUAAGGAGCAGUGUGGAAGUUACACGUUCAUCCCUUAUGUAGUGUCACCUCAAGGUAAAGUGUUUGCCUGUGAUGCUACAAUGAUGACUGGUAUCAAAGAGUUGAUGCAGCCUAGUUUCCAGCUGGAGCCCCUGCUUACCCCGCUGGUGGAAAGACUUGUGCAUGUGCUGAACAGCGUACACAUUCAGUCAAGUGAGUACUUCCGGGAGUCAAUCAGGCAUGAGAUUCGCAUGGCACGGGAGCGGUUCAGCGGCCAGGCCCUGAGUGAAGAGUUGAACCACAUUCAGAAACGCCUGGACAGUGUAGAUUUGCUCACCCCUGAUAUAGUUAUGAACCUGCUGCUGUCCUACAGGGACAUCCAGAACUAUGAUGCCAUAAUCAAACUGGUGGAGACUCUGAACCAUCUGCCCAUGUGCUCAGUAACAAGACAUCAGAAUAUCCAGUUUCACUACAUAUUUGCUCUAAACAGGAGGAAUGACCCUGGAGAUCGCGCCAAGGCUUUGGAUGCAAUUUUGCCCAUUGUGGAAUCAGGUGGCAAAGUGGCAUCAGAUGUCUACUGCCUGUGUGGACGGAUCUACAAAGACAUGUUCAUGAGCUCUGGGUUCACUGAUCAGCGCAGCAGAGACCAGGCAUGCUACUGGUAUGGAAAAGCCUUUGAGACAGAGCCAACUCUUCACUCGGCCAUCAAUAAUGUGGUCCUCCUGAUGGCAGCUGGCCAUGAAUUUGAGACUUCAAUUGAGCUGCGCAAAAUAGGUGUGACUUUAAGCACCCUGCUUGGUAGGAAGGGUAGUUUGGAGAAGAUGAAGGACUACUGGGAUGUUGGUUUCUACCUUGGAGCAAACAUUUUAGCUAACGAACCCAGGAAAGUCAUCGAGGCCUCUGAGAAACUCUACAGGCUGAAGGCUCCUAUCUGGUAUGUGGCAUCCAUUAUGGAGACGUACAUCCUGUAUCGUCAGUUUGCCAAGCUGCCUGAGGUGAGAUCUCCUAAACAGGACUCCAUGGAUUUCUGGAUGGAGCUGCUAUUGCAAACCUGUAAACCCACCGUCUCCACAGACCGUUGCCUAGUGCUCAUUCUGGAGCCCAGUAAAGUCUUUCAACCAGCUAUUGUGUGUGUGAGUGAGGAGGAUGAAAGUCGCACUGUCCAGCUGAAACACGUCACACCCUUAAAGAAAGGCUUAAACCAGUGGACUUUCCCAGCCUCUGCAAUUCGUGGAGUGAGUGCCUCAAAGAUUGAUGAGCGGAGCUGCUUCCUGUAUGUCCACUACAAUUCAGAUGACUUCCAGCUUUGCUUCCCCUCUGAGCUUCACUGUAAAGGUUUCUGCGAGCUGGUGAACUCUCUGAUUCAGCUAGCUGAAGACUCUGCUCAGGACCUGGACCAUCUAAGUGAAGGAAUACUAGAGUACAUCUAUGAGACUAAUGAGAAUGGCGACAAGGUGGUUCUGGGUAAGGGCACAUACGGUGUAGUCUACGCUGGAAGGGACCUUAGCAACCAAGUACGCAUCGCCAUCAAAGAGAUCCCAGAGAAGGACAGCACGUAUUCCCAGCCUCUUCACGAGGAGAUAGCUCUGCACAAGAGACUAAAACACAGGAAUAUUGUCCAGUACCUUGGCUCUGUCAGUCAGGAUGGUUUCAUCAAGAUCUUCAUGGAGGAAGUACCAGGAGGAAGCUUGUCAUCUCUCCUUCGCUCCAAAUGGGGACCUCUGAAAGACAAUGAAGCCACCAUCAUCUUCUACACCAAACAGAUCCUUGAGGGGCUCAAAUACCUUCAUGAAAAUCAGAUAGUGCACAGAGACAUUAAGGGUGACAAUGUAUUGAUCAACACAUAUAGUGGAGUACUGAAGAUCUCUGACUUUGGAACCUCCAAACGGUUAGCAGGGAUCAACCCUUGCACUGAGACAUUUACUGGAACUCUCCAGUAUAUGGCCCCAGAGAUUAUAGACCAAGGGCCUCGGGGUUAUGGGAAACCGGCUGAUAUCUGGUCCCUUGGGUGCACGAUCAUAGAAAUGGCAACAGGCAAAACACCCUUCCAUGAGCUGGGAAGUCCUCAGGCAGCCAUGUUCAAGGUGGGCAUGUUUAAGAUCCACCCCAAGGUUCCUGAGUGCAUGUCAGACGAGGCAAAGGGCUUCAUCAUGAACUGUUUCGUGCCAAACCCAGACGACAGAUCUACAGCUGCAGAGCUGCUGAUGGAUGCCUUCCUCAGGUCGUCCCCCAAGAAGAAGACCAAGGCUCCGCAGGAAUCAGAACCUACUGACUAUCAGCGCAGCCUGUCUGUACCUAUCUCCAUCCUUGUGGAGGACACUGAUUUAUAUGCGGGUUCAAUUGACCUUUCCUGUUCCCUGGACCUCAGGAGGCCCCAGUCCACCAUCAGAGCAGAUGAAGUCUCAGAGAGUCCACCCAGCACCAACAGCUUCCUGCUAAUACCAGAAGACUCUCUAUCAGACAUGAGCAGUCCAGCAUCAACAGAGGAGAAUAUGGGUCUGUUUAUGCUGAGAAAGGACAGUGAGAGAAGAGCCACACUGCACAGAAUUCUCACUGACUAUAUCAGCCAUGUCAUCUCUAAUAUACAGGAAUCUGUGCCUCAGUGUGGCAAGGGACCAACACUCACUCCAGACCACAUUACCCAGCUCAUUGGUUGCUUGCGAGACAACAUCCGCUCCCCGGAUAGGAAGCAACUGACUAGUGGUCUGCUGGACCUCCGAGCCACCCUGCUUGCUGCCAGAGUACCUCUGAGCAACCUGCAGGCAGUGCUGUUCAGCUUCCAAGAUGCAGUGAAGAAGGUGUUAAAGCAACAACAAGUGAAACCUCACUGGAUGUUUGCACUGGACAAUCUGCUGAGACAGGCUGUACAGGAUGCCAUCACUGUGCUCCUACCAGAGCUGAAGCUCCAGCUGCAGUGCUCAUUUGAGAUUGACGACAGCAUUCCUGAGGAGCAGUCUGCUGAUCCAGACACUCCUGUAGUUUUUGAGGCUGACCAGCUGGGGGCACCCAUAGACCUGCAAAAUACAGCACCCAUCAAUGAGAACAUGCCUCUAGCUGACCCCCAACCUCCUACAGACCUUGUCUUCUGUACCAGCUGUCCCCUCAGCGAGAAACUGAGAGAUCUACGACUAGAGACCAGAAGACUGCUGAGUCAGCUGAAUGAGAAGGAGAGAGAGUACCAUGAGCUUCUGAGGACCUUUGUCCAGAGGAAAGAGGAACAGUUGGAUGUACUUAGGAAAGCAGCCAUCACUGAAGAUGGUGAGUUAGCCUCACAUAACAGCUUUGAUCCAGAGGUGAAGGCUCUGGUGAGCUGGCUCAAGUCUGUUCCUGUGGAUCAAGACACCAUUGAUAAGUUGCUCUCUCAUAAGUUCACCUUGGACUGUCUCCUCUACAUGGCCUCCAGGGAUGAUUUGACAUAUUGUGGAAUAAGAGGUGGCAUGCUGUGUCGAAUCUGGGCAGCCAUCACAGUUCGCAGGAAGACCCAGCUCAGCACGCACAAUGAGGACAGUGAAGACACUCUUCUUUAAUGGCUGAUGUUGUACAUCUAGGGACAGAUUUAUUGACAGGCAGGUCCUGUGUUACCUGGGGGAAGUUGGGCAGUGGUGAACAUAACUGACUUGCAGGGAACCGAUGUAAAGCAGAAUAUAUUUUGAACCUUGUUGAACUGUGAAUGUGUUUUUUUUUUAUAAAGAUACUGACAAUUUCUGCCAGUUUAUGUACAUAUAUGGUAGAAUGCAAAACUCUUCUCUUCAAAGUUAGGUCUUGCCAGCAUUUUUUGUUUCUUUGUUUGUUUACAUUUUCUCAGGGCUUUGACAAGUGGGACUGUAGUUAUGCCUUCAUAAAAAAGCUGCCUUGUGGGGUAUAGAUUUCUCUGCAGACAAAGUAGUUUAAUGUUAUUUGAAUGAUUCCUUCUGAUGAUGCUGUUUAACUGUGUUUUACAGAAAACUUGGCAGGACUUAAGUUAUAGGGUGCACUGUAUUAAACCUGAAUGUCUCUGCAUUCUUGGGAGAAUUAUUUGUACUAAACAUCCUGUUAAAAGCCACUCAAGUAAUAAAGAGGAACCCUGAAUCUUUCAGAAUGGCUUGUUACCUGCAUGUAGCCAUUGUUUGUAAUAGGGAGAGAGGGAUUUGUGAGGGAGUGACGUAGGCUGGAAGAAGUGAUGAAAUGGUGAACAGUCUUUAAAUUCCACAUGUGUUUCCUCAUGUGUUUUCACAAUGUUGACAUCUCCUUAGAAACAGUGGCAUGGACUCUGUGUGUAUGUCAGAGUCCAUGUCUGCUGUAUGUGUGUGUUUUGUUGUUUAGCUACUCUUCUGAGUAGGUCUGCUGUUUUAGACAUUCUAAGUGAGGACUCUUUUUGUGAUAAACUAUUUUGUCUGGUCCUCAUUUCUUGGGUGGGUUGAGGAUUUAGGCUUUAAAAAUUGGGUUUGGGUAAUAAGAGGAAUGGAAAUAAGAGGAAGGCAAAGGUUAGGAUCAUAAUAUUAGGGAAUUAAUGUCGUAAGUGAGAACUCUUUACAAGGUAAGAAGAUAUUUGAGCACACAUCUGAUUUGUUUUUUCCAGUGUGUCAUUGUUGCCUUGUUGCCAUUCUCAGGAACCAUGUCUAAUCAGAGGAUGUUCAUUAUUUUUAUAAGCUGCAUAGAGAUUUGUUAAAUGCCAUAUGCAUGCUCCAGUGUUCUGUCAACAGGGAUACGAUUUCAUUGAGAAACUGGGCUUGGCUCCUAAUAACUAUGGCACUCACUGAUAUGAGUAAUACGUUAUUCAGUAUUUGAUUUUGAACAAUUGGCUGUAAUUGUAAUGGCAAAGGAUGUGUUCACAUUGCUUUUAUGGCCUUGUGUGACCUGGCAUACUUAUUGGAGUGCAAUGAUGUCCUAAUCAAAUAGGAGAAAACAAGUGCCUGAAUUAUUAGAAAGAGCCCACCAUAACAGCAUAGACAUUGUCAAGCAAGUAAUUAAAUUAAGCUUCAAUGUGUUGCAGCCCAUAUACAAUGGCACCCCCUACUAUAAUGUAAACAGGCAUUUCCCUUUCCCAUGUUCACAGAUUUAUGACAUCCAUUCUUCAUUCAGGAUCAUAAAAUCCAAAAAAAACUUAACCCUAAACCCUUUAGCCAAACUACUGAUGAGGCCUCAUACAGUGAAGAUACCUCUGAAAUAAAGAUUACUGAAUAAAGGGUAGAAUGCCCAUAAAUAAAGCUCUACAUCUUCCUUGUCUGUCCUUGGAAGGUGUCAGAAAGAAACUUAAUACUCAGAUUUAUCAACCAAAUUCAAUUUGGCAUCAUCCUUUUGUCUCAUUCCAGUGCCCUGCUUCUUUAUUAUUUGUGUAAUAAUGUGAUAAAUCCACAAAGAAACAUCCUCUUGAUACAAAAAUGUGAUGACAUGAUAUAAAAAAAAUCAGAUUUGUUCCAAUGUGAGAUUUCUAUGUGCUAAUGAUUAGUAUGUUUUAAAAAAUUAUACAAUUUAGUGUGCUAAUAUUCAUACUGGAUUUAAACCUUUCAGGGGUGAACUGGAGGAUUUUCUUUCCAAAAUAAAUAGAAAGCUGUUUUGUCUACCCAUGUGCCACCAAGUGCUACAGUCUUGCAGGUUUUCUGUCAAACCUACAGCAGGUAAUGUCAUUGAAUACUUCCUCCCCUGCUUAAAACGGCUAAUAAAUGAGAUUGCAAUACUGUUUGGCUGGAUUGAAAACCCAUAUCCACCUGGCUCUCUGCUGCACAUGGUUGGACCAAACACUAAUUUCAUUCAUGUGAACUGAUGUAACGUGGCUGUUGUUAUGUUUGACAAACUAAUGCUAAUGUGCUACGUUUACUGUGAGUCACAGUACCUAAUAGCUACAACGCAGGCAGCAGCUGUCACCUCAAACAAACUCAUUUCUUAUUACAGAUAAUUGAAUGUAAUGUGAGUGCAACCCCCUGAGUCUCCCUUAUUCUAAUAAGCUUUGAAACACAAUAGCAUUAGGAUUGUCCGGCUAAUUGGAUGCAAACUGUUAACUUUGAUCGGACAUAAUGGUGCACAGAGUCAUUGUCAACUGGCUUAUGGAAGAAUUUAUCUAUUUACAAUGUAGAGGGGCUACCAGUCAAGGUUACAGGGUUUUCUUAUCAUGCACACUGACAAUGUAGCUUUUGUCUUAAAGCUUGAAUCAACUGUAUCCUCUUGUCAUCAUCAUGCUAGAUUUUUCAUUUCUAGUCACAUUCUCUUGUUUUCCACAUAUUUUUAAUGGCACCAUGAUAUAUAGGAAAUCAAUCAUCUCUGCUGUGUGUGGAGGUGGAGCUAAGUCACUGAUAGGCAAAAAAUAAGGACUGCUGUCAGGGGGAUUUUGGCAAGAUCUUGGGGGGAUUGAGGAUGCCACGCUGGGAGGCCCAGAACCUCUGGGAUUACUGAGCUCACCCUCCUCCUUGCCGGUUCCCAUGGGACAGCCCCUCCGCUGUCCUGGAUUAAACUCCUGCCCACAUGCACAAGGAAAGCAAAAUGUGUCCAUUUCUUGCAGGUUUUGAUUAAAAAUACAGCAGUAGUGCUGCAGCAUGACUCAGACUUUUGCUUCUCCUUUGACAAGCAAAUUGUGUCUCUGGUCUUGAGUACACCAUCACUUCAAGUGCUUGUUAAUUACCAGUUCAUCGUUUGUUUUGUAACAUGUCACUAAGUGCAGAUCUCACUAACAACCUGGCUGCUGCUUAUACAGUAUUACACUCACAUGCCUGCAGGUGCUCACACAUGUACUGCAUGCAUGCACAGAUCAGAUCAGGGCCAUCCUCCUCAUGAUUUCU